UAGGGUCGGCGGAAGAGUAGCGGAAGAUUCUCGCGCUGCAACUUUGGGUGAUGUAGUCCACUUUUCCCAGUAUAACAAGGAAGAGACGCCGAACCGGAACUACAUUUCCCAAGAGGCUGUUGGGAGCACCUGUUUGCCUCAUUUCCUUCGAGGUUUUUCUAACCGUCCAGCGGAAGCGAUGUGGGCGCUAUAGCAACAGUAGCUGGCGGCGUUGGCGCCUCAGAUAUUGCUGGGCCUGGAGCUUGAAUAAAUCCUGGAGAGUCUGAGGUGGUCAGUUGGAAAUCCAGAGCUGAAGCAAGAUGUGGAGCAGUGCAGGACUGAAUUAUAGUGAAACUAGAUGGGAAUGGAUCCUGCCAUAAAAAUCCCUCUAGUUUCAUUAACACCAAAAUUUUUCUCCUAACUGCAUGCCAAAGCAACAACAAUAGAUCAUGUCUGGCCCAGCUGAUGAGACUGCAGGAGACUUGCCUGUGAAAGAUACAGGUCCACGACUCCUUGGAGGAUUGAAAGUUACCUGGAAUGCAAAGUCUCGACAACUUGUAUCGCAUGUCAGUCGUGAGGAACUAGAAGAUCGAUUUUUGCGUUUGCAAGAAGAGAACAUUGUGCUUAAACAGAAUGCCUCCCAACAAGAAGAUAAAAUUAAAAGAAUGGCCACCAAGUUAAUACGACUUGUUAAUGACAAGAAAAGAUGUGAGCGGAUUGGUGGCGGCCCCAAGCGGCUAGGACGGGAUGUGGAACUAGAAGAAAUGAUUGAGCAGCUGCAAGAAAGGGUUCAUGAGCUUGAAAAACAAAAUGAAGCCUUUAGAAACAAACUAAUUUCAGCUAAACAACAACUUCAAUUCCAAGGUCCUAGACACACUCAAUAUAACCACAUUCAAUCUCGUGUUAACACAGGACGGAGAAAAGUGAAUGAGAUAUCUGGCUUUCAGGAAAGCCCAAGGAAAGGUACAAAAUUUCAAGAUAUAGAAAUUACAGGAACUCCACACCCCACAGUUACAGGACUUAAACAACUUCAAGAGGCAAAAGAAGAAAUAAAAGUUUUAGAAACUUUGGUUGAAACACAAAAAGAGCAAAUACUAGAUUUGGAGCACACAACAGAAUUAUUGAAAACUCAGAUGAGAAGAAAAGAAAAUGAGCAUGAGGCAUCUCUUUUACAACUUCGAGAGCAGCAAGCAACAGAUCAAAGAAGGUCAAAUAUUCGGGAAAAUGUGGAACUGAUCAAACUUAAUAAGCAGCUUGUGGAAAAAAGUGAUGCCCUUGCAAUAAUGGAAGGAAAAUAUAUCCAACUUGAAGAGAAUCAAAAACAUCUUAAAGCCAGCCAUGAUGCCUUAUUGGCAAAUGGGGAUGAACUCAAUCUACAACUCAAAGAACAUCGUUUAAAAUGCUUCAGUCUUGAAAAAGAACUACAAUCCAAGAGUUUUGUUGAAAAAAAAUUAGGGGAGCUACAGGUUAGAAUUAAUGAUAUGGAAAGAGAGAAGGAACUUUUAAAGGAAAACUAUGAUAAACUAUAUAACAGUGCCUUCAGUGUGACCCAUGAAGAACAAUGGAAGUUAAAGGAACAACAACUUAAACUGCAGAUUGCUCAGCUGGAAAGUGCUUUAGAGUCUGAUUUAGCAGACAAAAAUGAAAUUCUUGACAAACUAAAAGCUGAAAGAGACCAAACAGAAAAACUUACUCAAGAAAAUAAAGAGCUUCACUUGUGCUAUCUGGAACAUAAGCAACAGCUUGAUGAGCUUAAAAACCGCAUCAAGUUUUUCAGCAAGGAAUGCGAAAUUGAUGUGACUGAAUUCAAUGAAGCCCUCAUGCUUAUAAAGUCUAGAAAAGAGCAGAAAAAUGGACACCUUUCCUUUCUAGAGAAAAUUGAUGGUGAUAUUAAUAAGGACCUAGAAAAAUCAAUUCAAGAACUUCAGGCAACACAUGCAGAAACCGUGCAAGAACUGGAAAAGACAAGAAAUAUGCUAAUCAUGCAGCAUAAAAUUAAUAAAGAUUAUCAGAUGGAAGUUGAAGCAGUAACCCAGAAGUUGGAAAAUUUUCAACAAGAUUAUGACCUAAAAAUAAAACAGUAUGUUCAUCUCCUUGAUGUUAGGGCUGCACGCAUCCGGAAGUUAGAAGCCCAAUUAAAGGAUAUUGCCUAUGGCACCAAGCAGUACAUAUUUAAGCCAGAAAUCAUGCCAGAUGAUCCUGUAGAUGAAUUUAAUGAAGCUGUCCAUUUAGAACGAGGAGAGAACCUAUUUGAAAUCCAUAUCAGCAAAGUGACCCUUUCAUCUGAAGCUAUCCAGGCAUCAGGAGAUCAAGAACCUUCCACUUUCUGUACAUAUGCUUUUUAUGAUUUUGAACUACAAACAACUCCUGUUGUGUCUGGUCUCCAUCCAGUGUAUAAUUUCACAUCCCAGUAUAUAGUCCAUGUUAAUGACUUCUUUUUGCAGUACAUACAGAAAAAUGGUAUCACUCUUGAGGUCCAUCGGGCAUAUAGUACUAAUUAUGAAACAGUUGCUGCUUGCCAAUUGAGAUUCCAUGAGAUUCUAGAAAAGAAUGGUCGGAUUUUUGGUGCUGCAAAUUUGAUUGGAAUUAAAGGAGACAUUCCACAUUAUGGUACAAUAGAAUAUUGGGUCCGAUUGAGAGUUCCUAUGGAUCAAGCAAUUAGGCUAUAUAGAGAACGGGCAAAAGCUUUAGGCUAUAUAACAUCCAAUUUUAAGAAACCUGAGCAAAUGCAUCAGCAGAUACCCAAAACUGCUCAUCUUGGCCUUACUUCAGAUGACAACUUAAAUGAACUCCAUAUCACAAUAAAAUGCUGUAGCAACUUAAAGUCUGAAGCAACCAAAAGUCACAUGCAGCCAAAUCCAUAUGUUGUAUACAAGUUCUUUGAUUUUGCAGACCAUGAUACAGCUAUCAUUCCAAACAGCAAUGAUCCCCAAUUUGAUGAUCACAUGUGCUUCCCGGUGCCAAUGAACAAGAACUUGGAUAGAUACCUCAAGUCAGAGUGUCUGAGUUUCUAUGUAUUUGAUGAUAGUGACACCCAGGAGAAUACUUACAUAGGAAAAGUCGAUGUACCACUAAUUUCUUUAGCACAUGACAGAUAUAUUUCAGGAAUAUUCGAGUUAACAGAUCAUAAGAAACAUCAUACAGGAACCAUUGAAGUUGUACUGAAAUGGAAAUUCACUUACCUUCCUCCAACUGCAUCAGCAGUAUCUGAGGACCUAAUGAAUGUUAUUAAAAAAGAAGAAUCAGAACCUGAUAAAAGGUUGCACAAAGCAUCCACUGUUACUACACCAGUUGUAGUUCCAAUACCUAAACCAAGAAAGCGUACUCUCCCAACAGACAAGAAAGUGUCUUUUAUGGAUAUCACUGCACACCAGGAUUCUAUGACUGCCCCAGAUGAAGAUGUUCAAAAAGCUUCAUCAGAAAUGAAGAUUAAAAAAGAAUUAAAAGUUAACGCUCCAUCUAGUCCAGAUAUACAAGUGGCCUUGCCAAGAAGGACAGUAGAGAAAGUAAAUGAGAAUGCUCAAAAAAUGCAGCAAGGAAAAGAUGAGGAUUUAUCUCACCUAUCUGUGGGUCAACUUGCUGACCAAAAUUCAACUACUUCUGAAGAUAUCACAGAAAUCAGUGAGGAGUUAGAAAGAGAAGAAGGUCAAGAAGAAAAACUAGAUUCUGAUGCUAUUGAUUCGAUAAUAACUGACAGUGAUGACUGUAUUGUUCCAAGUCCCAUGUCCAAGAAUGUUAAACAGUCAUCAGAAAAAAUUCGGAUUGAGAUUAUAGCUCUAAGCCUCAAUGAUUGCCGAGUAGCCAGGGAUGACACUAUACAACGUCUAUUUGUUGAGUGCCGUUUCUACAAUUUUCCUGCAGAAGAGACACCAGUGUCACUCCCAAAGCCCAAAAGUGGACAGUGGGUCUAUUAUAAUUACAGCAAUGUAUUAUAUGUGGAUAAAGAAACCAACCAAGCAAGAAGAGAAUCUCUAAAGACUAUAUUGCAAAAACCAGAGAUGCCUAAUGGAAGUAUCCGAUUCACUGUGGUAAGUGAUCCUCCAGAGGAUGAACAGGAUCUUGAGUGUGAAGAUAUUGGCAUUUCCCAUGUCAGUCUCAUUGAAAUAUUUCAGAAAGAAAAAGACAUCAUUGAGCAAAAUAUUGAUGUAUUUGAUGCACAAGUGGAUGAUGAAGUAAUUGGCAAGCUUAGAAUAACAGUGGAGGCCUUGCAUGCCCUGACCUCUGUCUAUGAGGAAUACAAAGAUGAAUUGAAGACAUAGAAAAUGUUCCUAAGGCAUCGCUUUCUCCUGAGUAAAUGUUCCCAUCAAUAGCUGUUAGAUGAGACUUUUGUAAUUACUACAGUAUAUUUAAUGUAUAAUUUAUGCACAGCAGAGCCUGAGUUUGAAGUUAUAAAGUUUUGUAUACUUUUUGAUUUGUUUAUUUUUCGAUUCCCUCCAUCCCACAACUGCUGUCCCCCAGGGUCUCAGCCCUCCACAGGGGCCAGCAACCUUUUCAAUAAUUCAUACCUACACGAUGGCAUGAGGAACACUCAUUUGCAUUUUCUGCAUUUUUCCUAUGAAGAGCAAGAAGGCAAAUCAGUUUUUUAUUUUUAAUAAGCAAGAAGCAUGUCUUCGAAAACUUAUGAAAAAAUACUUUUAUGUUAUCCCUAAUCACCCAACUAAAUGGAAUGCUGUGAUUAGCCUCAUUAAGAGUUUUUUACUGUGAAGAUUUUAUUAGAAGCAAUAUAUGAAAAUUACUUGGAUUAAUGUGUUAAUCUUCCUCUUUAAAAUGCUAAUAUCCAUUUUAUGCACAUUAAAGCUCAGUAUGCAUUUCUUUGAUGCAUGCAGUUUCUAUCAAUUAAAUAUAAAGAAUGAGACUAGCCACAAGACUUAUUAAAUUACUUCAAGCUUGGGGGGUUUUUUUGGUCUUUUUUAAAAAUAACUUCACUCCUUCAGCUAACAUUAUUAUCAGAUAUUUGUGAUGGUAGUAUAGAAAGAGGGACAUUUGUGAAUACAUAAAGAUAUAAGUCUAAGAAAUUUACAUCUUGAAAACUGGGGAUUCUUUAUCGAAAGAAAGUAUUGAAAGCAUGGCUCAGGUUUCAAUAUGUUUAGUUAGAAUUGAAAAGACAGGAAAGUAUCUUUUUAUCAAUUUUUAAAUUUACAUCAAGCAUAUACAAUGCUUAGUUGUAUCUGGAUAACUAGACCUAGAAAAGCAGCUCAGAAAGUUAAUUUUCUACCUUUUAACCAAUCUCAAUGAAGGAUUUAAUUGAUAUUUUUAAUGGAGCUGUGAAUCAAUGCUGCAAAAGAAUUGUCUCUAGAGGUCUAGGAUAUAAUGCAUUUCAUUUUUUAAUUUACUCUUUUAUUUGUCAUUUUCUUCAAAGGAUUUUAUAGGCUGUGGGUUUUCACUGUUUGCAAACAGGCUAUGUUCCUUCUUAAGCAUAUGUAAAGUAUUCAGAGAGAUAAGUAAUUUAUUAAAAUCUACCUAAUUUGCCGUGAUAUAUUAAAUCUCUGCUUCAGUGAUCACAGACCAUUUCAUUUAGAGAAUUAGGCAUUCCCUCUUUGUGUGAUUAAAGCUCUGGAAAAUGAGUUCUUUGCUCCUAUUUGUGAACAUUCAAAGCCUGCUAAUGGCAAGAAGAUGGAAUAGAUUAUGAGACAAUUCAUUACAGUUCAACAGCAAAAAAAAAAAAAAAAAA